GCUUCCUUUGUUCCUGCUACUCCCAGAGUCGCAGUCCAGCUCUGUAGAAGCUAAUCGCUACACACCGCUUACCGGUGACUCUUCACGUGUUAAUUUUUUCGUCAAUCCGCCAAAACGUCUUACGCAAUGAGAGGAGAUCGGGGAAGGGGCCGUGGUGGCCGGUUUGGAUCCCGUGGCGGACUGGUACAAGGGUACCGCCCUUUUGUCCCACACAUACCAUUUGACUUUUACGUUUGUGAGAUGGCUUUUCCACGGGUGAAGCCAGCUCCCGAUGAGACUGUGUUUAGUGAAGCACUGCUGAAGCGAAACCAAGACCUGAGUCCUACCUCUGCUGAGCAGUCUUCCAUAUUGUCCUUGGUGACAAAGAUCAACAACAUUAUUGACAAUUUAAUUGUCGCAUCUGGGAACUUUGAAGUGCAAAUUGAAGAGGUGCGGCAAGUUGGCUCAUACAAAAAGGGCACCAUGACCACAGGACACAAUGUAGCUGACCUUGUUGUUAUCCUUAAGAUUCUUCCCACUUUGGAGGCAGUCGCUGCAUUAGGAAACAAAGUAGUGGAGACUCUGCGUAACCAGGACCCAGCUGAGGUGCUGUCUAUGCUGACCAACGAGACUGGCUUUGAGAUCAGCUCAGCUGAUGCAACAGUGAAGAUCCUCAUCACUACGGUCCCUCCGAACCUGCGCAAGCUCGACCCCGAACUCCACUUGGACAUCAAAGUGCUGCAGAGUGCCCUGGCUGCCAUUCGCCAUGCUCGCUGGUUUGAGGAGAACGCCUCGCACUCGACGGUGAAGGUUUUGAUCCGCUUGUUGAAGGAUCUGCGGGUGCGCUUUCCUGGCUUUGAGCCUCUCACCCCCUGGAUUUUGGACCUCCUGGGACACUCGGCUGUCAUGAAUAACCCGUCCAGACAGCCUCUUUCACUCAACCUUGCCUACAGACGCUGCCUCCAGAUGCUAGCAGCAGGGCUUUUUCUGCCGGGUUCUGUCGGCAUCACUGACCCGUGUGAGAGCGGAAACUUCCGCAUACACACUGUAAUGACCCUGGAGCAGCAGGACAUGGUGUGUUUUACAGCUCAGACACUGGUGAGGGUUCUUUCCCAUGGUGGCUACAGGAAGAUAUUAGGACUUGAAGGAGAUGCCAGUUAUCUGGCUUCAGAGAUGUCCACAUGGGACGGUGUGAUUGUCACCCCAUCUGAGAAGGCCUAUGAGAAGCCUCCAGAGCGUAAAGAAGAAGAAGAGGAGGCUUUAGAAGAGGGAGGAGAAGGAGAGGAUGAAAGCAUGGAGACACAGGAGUGAAACUCAAAGGGAUCAUAAACUAAGCCUGAUCUUGUGAUGUAGAACGUUUGUUGUUUUUAAGUAUUGAGGCAGAAAAAGCGUAGUGGAUUAGACAAUUUGAUUUUACAUAGUAGAUUUGGACUGAUGGAUCAUGGCAAAAUGUGUUUUGUUCAUUCCUGUUUUGCUCCUCCUCCCCCUUCCCUGCACAAAACCAUUUUCCUGACUUUUACCGCUUAAGCUAAUAUCUUGUGUUUAAACUGAGGAGGAGAGUCAAGUUUUCCACCUAAUGUUUUAUUUUUUUUUUUACUUUGAAUCCAUCACAGAUAUAUUAAAGUUUUUUUUUCUACUUUUAGCAAAAGCAUGUUUUGUUUUUAUUUUAAUAUUUGUGUGGCCAUUUUUAUUAGCUUAUCCGAUCAUACAAUGUUCCCCAGGUGGGUGUGCAUAAAAGUUGUCAAGAUA